UGGCGUCUAUCUAGUCAGCCACUUCAUGGCCCUCCUGGCUGGGAUGCAAUCGGUGCUCGCAGCAUUCUUCUCGGAACGAUGCUACCGGAAGGUCGGCUUGCCUUCACAGUCUCUCUGCUGGCCUUUAUCGGCCACACGAAUGGCGCGAUUCGGUUUAUCGGAAUCCUGGGCACCUAUUAUUCGACGCUAACCACAACGCUAGACGGAACUCCUUGCCAGGGUGUGUUUUCCCUGAACAAAUACUGUCUACCGGUAUUUACAAUUUGUGAACUUGAGUCAAAGUAA